CUUUCUCCAUCCUCAUCUGUUCCUUCCACACUUCUUUUGCCGCCCACCCCUUCCCAUGUUCUAUCAUUUCCUUUCCCUUAAUCCAUUCAUCCAUCUUUCUAUCAUUUUACAUCCUGUUUCCCUUCCUUGUGCCUCAUUCUCUUUCCCAUCCUCUCUUCCCCCUUCAAUCUCUUUUUCUUUCCUUUUCCUCCAUUCAUCCCUCUUUCCCUCAGCUAUCUGUGGUCUGCGCUGCGAUGUUGACCCUGGAAGUUUUGUCCCCGCUCCUCCUCCCGCUCCUCCUCCCCUCCAUCCUGUUUCCACGCUACUGUUGCCGGGCGGCGGAUAUUCCGGAGGACACUACAUCAGAGUUCUCGGUCAGACUGUACCACCAGCUGCAGGCAGUGGGGGAUCAGGACAACAUCAUUUUCUCCCCGCUGAGUGUGGCUGUGGCCCUCGGCAUGGUGGAGCUGGGAGCCAAGGGGACAUCACUGGAGGAGAUCCGACAGGCGGUGGGAUUCAGCCACCUCCUGCCAGGCGUGGAGUUCUCUUUGCUCCAGAACCUGACCGCAGCUCUGUCAGAUGAUGACACCAACUACGUGAUCCGGUUUGCCAACAGCCUCUUCCUGCAGGAGGGCGUCACCUUUAACCCCGAGUUUCUGCACCUGAUGAGAAAGUACUUCAGGGCGGACGUGGAAACUGUAGACUUCAGCGAAUCAGCAGCCGUUGCCGAGCAGAUCAACAGCUGGGUGGAAAAUCAUACCGAGAGUAAAAUCCGUGAGCUGCUUUCAGCCGAGGACUUCAGUAGCGUGACCCGCUUGACCCUGGUGAACGCCAUCUACUUCAGGGGCUCCUGGAAAAACCAGUUCAGGCCAGAGAACACCAGAACCUUCUCCUUCAGCAAAGACGACGGCUCUGAGGUCCAGACGCUCAUGAUGUACCAACAGGGAGACUUCUACUACGGUGAGUUCAGCGAUGGCUCACAGGAAGCAGGCGGCGUGUACCAGGUGUUGGAGAUGCCGUAUGAGGGAGAGGACAUGUCCAUGAUGAUCGUUCUGCCCCGGCAGGAGGUACCACUGGUCCUGGAGCCCAUCAUCAAGGCAGCGCUGCUGGAGGAAUGGGCUAACAAUGUCAAACGGCAGAAGGUGGAGGUCUACCUACCUAGGUUCAAAGUGGAGCAGAAGAUUGACCUGAGGAGCAUCCUGAAGGAACUUGGAAUAAAGAACAUCUUCACCAAUGAUGCUGAUCUGUCUGCUAUGACAGAUGGUAAGGACCUCUUCAUUGGGAAGGCCGUGCAGAAGGCUUACCUGGAGGUGACAGAGGAGGGGGCAGAGGGAGCUGUUGGGUCAGGAAUGAUUGCCCUGACCAGGACCCUGGUGCUGUACCCACAGGUCAUGGCUGAUCACCCAUUCUUCUUUGUCAUUAGAAACCGGAGGACAGGGUCCAUCAUCUUCAUGGGCAGGGUCAUGACCCCUGAAGUCAUCGAGCCCAACGACCACGACUUUGACUCCAUGUAAUACUGGUGUGAGGUCCCCCCAAUCUCAGCCAAUCAGAUCCAGACAUCAUAAACGCUGCCUAUCUUACUAUUGCCAUCUUCAGCUGGGUUUUAUACUCUUGAAAAAAAGACAUAUAAACUAAAUACUAUACAAUAUAUUAUAUAUUGAAAUAUGACAUAUGAAAUAUAAUGUGACUGUGUUUUGAUACUGUAAGCUUUAAUCUCUUGGAUACAGAAAUGCAGAAAAGAGGAAGGUGUACAUAUUCUCUAGUAAAGAAUGGUUUGUAUAUGAGCAAAAGGAACACAUGAAAUGUAAUCCACGCACAACCCCUUUAAGUUUAGCGGCUUCAUACUCACCUGCUACCACACACAUGAUGCACAAAAUAAUUUUCUCUCUACUUAAACAAAUCUCCUCUUUCUUACACCAGAUGCAGUAUGCACACACUGUAAUUUUCACACCUUAAAGAGAUCUGUACAUUAGACAUUAUGUUCUAUACUUGACUUGUGUCAUAUAUGCUCAAUAUUUAUUGCAGAAUACACAUGUGCAAACAUUUUCUUCAAAUAAAAUGAAUCUUAGUAACAUAUCUUCUAUAUCUACAGAAAGUAUUCUAGUCGUUUUUUACACUACAGGCACAUGGCUAAUCUGCUGAUGAACUAAUAUGCCUUAUCACAUCUGAGUGGUUGGUUUAGCCCCAGCUGGGCAUCUCACAGGUGAGCAGAGGGGUUGCGUAACUAUGGCAGGUUGCUAUAGAAACAAAAAGGGGCAAGAUGUGCUAUACUGUUCUGGAUGUACAUACAGGGAGAAACAGUAACACCAGCUGUAUUCAGUCUUUACAAAAUAAAAACAUGAAUGUGUUCCCAUUAUGA